CGGGAGGCGCAUUCACUGUCGCUUUUCUCUCUGUGUGUGCAGUCUCAUGGUGGCCGCAGUGUCCAUCUCCCUCUCAGCGAUGCCGCGUACCACGCGAAUGCCCACACGCGCGUCUCCUCGAGCCUCCACAGCCUCCACAGCACCCACAGGUCCAUCCACAUCCGUCACAGCUCCAUCCACUCGCCGUCGACCUCGCAUUACUGGCCCAUUAAAGGGCGUUGUAGCUAUGGUAGACGUCCGCGUCGGUGCAGACGCUCAGAUCGACUGCAGCGACGUCGUGGCUCGUAAACUGCGCGAGCUCGGGGCCUCCACCGUUAAGCGCUUCACUCCCAAACUCACACACAUGGUACUUAGCCACUUUACACCCGUAUGGAAGACCAAGAUCGGCAAAUGGCAAGCAGGAGGCGGCUCCAUGGCCGCAGCAGCCACCAGAUACGAACUAAAGAUCGUCUCCCAGCUCUGGGUCAACGCCUGCUACGUCAGUAAGAAGCGCAUGGACGAGCUACCAUUCUUCCCGGUAAGUCAGCAGAAUAUCAUUGAAACCAACGCUAGUAGAGCCAAACCCAAGCUUAAGAGGCGACAAUCGCUCGGAUCGGAUGCGUCCAAGACCGAUAACAAAGAGAAUACAGACAACAAGGCGUCAAGCGCCUCCACAGAGGACAAGAAGGAGGCGGCGGCAGCGCCACCGUCGAAAUUUAAGGUAAACAAGGCACUAAAUGGCGGCAGAAGGAAGCGACGCGCUCUCUCCAUGGAGCCUGCGACGUCCGACGCCAUUUUGAAGAUGCUGGGGACAAGCGAGCCCGUGCAGGAAGGCGAGUUCAGCACACCUACGAAACAGCCUAUUCGUUUGAAGAGUGUCAGCUCGUCAGCCAAGCGGAGAAAGACGCUGAAUGGUCUACCGACACAACAGGAUGAGGACGAAGUCACAGCGUCUCAAGCGAGUGGAAUCGUAGCGGAGAGCGAGUCGGAGAAUGAGGACGAGAGCAAAGACAAGACGAACGACGUGAUUGUGAUCCAAGACAGUCAAGCGAGUCAGCCGUCUCCUGCUCAGGCCAUGAUUUUAUCAGGUUCCACGGGUACGCCCACGACCAGCAAUGGAGAGCUCGAUAUCGCUACCCCGGACGACAGUAAGCAGCCCACAGCACGAGAAUUACGACGUCGCAACAGGAAUUCGCUCUCGUAUGGCAGUGGAUUGACGCUGAAAACCGGUAUUUGGUCCUGUGCCGCAUGUGGAUGCUCGAAUCCACGAACUCGCAGAUAUUGUACGGACUGCCAGGCUUCCAGGGGCUCAGCUAAGUCGCCAAGUGCUGAUAGUACAGCUACUGCGUCGCCUGCAACCGUUGCAAGCACCGUAGCAGACUCUCCCAAGACUCCUGCCACACCGACGACAACUGUGUCCGCCCCAGCGACACCGAAAGGCAAGACGCCGACUUCUAACACGAAAGCGAGAACGCCAGGCUCGGCUAACAGCGUCAAGACGCCUCUCAGUAGUCCGUCGAUGCGGGAACGGACGCCGCGGUCACUGACACGACCGACAGCCAGCUCAACUGCCAAGAUUCGAACGCCAAGUCCAGCAGCAUCUAGAGCAGCGCGAGCAUCAACAAAAAGCGCAACGCCCAGUCCUGCCAACCGGUCAAGAACUCAAAGUCCAGUGGCACGUAGCGUGGCACCCAAACCGACAGCGCGUUCGUCGUUGGCAAGUGCUUCCGUGUCGAUAGACAAGCCGAAGGCUCCAGUGAAGAAAGCGAAGCGGAAACUACCAGCAACGGCAAGCGCCAUAAAGCUCACACAGAGUGCAGCGAAGAAACGUGCUCGUCCUCCUGUCUCCAGCAGCAGUUUGACGACUCCUGUGGUCAAGAAGGCGCGACGAGAGAACAGGGACGACACAGUGAACAAGAUGGUGACGCCAGGCUCAGUUUCUGGCUUCAUGAGGAAGCAUCGCGAGGUGAAUUCGACUCCGAUCCCAAUGGCGAUGAGUUUUUCCAGCACAACCAGCAGGAAAACGCCGCGAAAGAGUCCACGCAACGUGUUUGGGAUCACUGGAGUCAGUGCAGAGGCGCGUGGAGUUCUUCAAUGCGCGAUCCACGCGAUCGACGCCAAUAUGGCCAACGAGCCUGGAUACCGCAAAGCGCGCGUGCUCAAGAGUAUGGAUUACGCUGCAGGAGUGACGCACCUUAUCGUGGGCAGAGACGCGAGACGCACCAUCAAAGUGCUCUUUGCAAUCGCUCGUGGGGCGUGGAUAGUGACGGAAGAUUGGGCGUUUUCAUCACUGGAACAAGAGCGUUGGCUGCCCGAAGAAGACUUUGAACUGACCAUGUUUGCGAACAAGUACUCACGUGAGCAUCCAGAGUCUCGACAGGUCUUCAAAGGCACCAAGUUCUUCGUCGGAUCUAACGUGGAACCAUCACGUGAAGUGCUUCAGUCUCUAAUUCAAGUCGCUGGUGGAGAGCUCUGCAACCAGAUUUCAGUUGCUGACAUCUGCAUAUGCGGCGAUGCCUCGUUGCUCCGACGAGCUCAGCGGACUGGUAUUCGUGUCGUCACCUCGAAGCAUCGCGGCUAUGAAGCUCGAAGACGACGCUAA